AUAACCUCAACUCGAUUUGACAUAAACAUAACCACAAAAUUUAACUUUUAAAGCAGACGAGAGCUUACUGGGGCCCUGUGAUAUUUUUUAACAACUUUUCAAUAUGGGACUGAUUGCCAGCAGUUCGUAUUUAACAGUUUUCGGUGCUGGCACUUUUAUAGGUGCCCUAUCGACAUACUUUUUGCUAAAAGUUCGCCCCAACUGGCAUAAACCUAAAGUUAAACAGGAACCUGUUUGGUCUAACGGCAUGGAAGAACGAUAUGAGUUUGAGAAUAUUGACGAUGAGGUUCGCCUAGUCCUUGGUGUCCGGAAUGACCUUAAGAUGCAAAAAGGUAAAGUGGCCGCUCAGUGUGGACAUGGAGCCAUGGCGGCUUAUGCUAAUGUUUUAAAUACUUCUCCUGCACUGUUGAGGGAUUGGUUGAAAAAUGGUAAAUCUAGUGGUACUAAGAUUGCUUUAAGGGUAGAAUCAGAAGAGCAGCUCCUGGAUCUGGACAAAAAAGCAAAAGAACUAAAUGUUUUAAGUAGUAUUAUAAGAGAUGCUGGUCAAACCCAAGUGGCCCCUGGGACAAGAACUGUGAUAGCAAUUGGUCCAGCUCCAAAAAGUGUAUUGGAGAAAAUAACUGGACAUUUGAAACUGUACUAAGUGAUAAUAAUUUAUUUAAUAUUCUUAUUUAUCAUAAAUAAAACAUAUUAAAAAAGAA